AUGGCUGAACAGAAGAAAAUUCGAGAUGAAUUUAACAACGCUCCAAUUAAAACUCUUGAUACUCUCAAGUCCGAGUUAGCUGAACUGCAAAGCGCAGUUCUUUCAGUUUCAUCCGGUUCUCGCAAGCAGAGCGUGCAAACAGCCCACCUAAACGAGGAAGCUCUAAAGUUAGAGAGGACUUUCGCCAUGGUUCAGAAGACGUCCGAUCUUGCUUAUGAUUCCGUUCAAAACAGCCCCGCUUUGACUCAGUACUUUAAUAAGUGUAUUACGUCUUUUGGAGAUCGUGUACAGAGAUACAAGCAGGAAGUUCAGGCAAUUGAGGAACUUUUGUCUUCAAGGGCACGAGCGUCCCUCACGCCAAAGGAACUUGCUGAAGUUUUACGAAAACUGGAUGAACAGUUCAUUGCGCUUGCGGCCCAGCUCUAUACAGCAAAGGAGGAUGUAAACGUACGCAUUUUCUACUCGGUUAUCAUUUUUUAUUUGGCUUAA